UCUGAAUUCAGUCAUUGGAUUUGAGACAGCGACUGACUGAAAAUGAGUAAUGCAACGGGAUCCAAAACUAUCACAAUUGUUGGAAGUCUGUAUUUUUACAUUAACAGAUAAUCAGCUGACUGAUCAACAGAGCGCUUUUGAAUGGGAAUUGCUAUUCAAGCACCUCCUGCUGCAGUUCCACAGAAACGAUUUUCAGUGCACAACUACUGUGCAUGCUUGUACUGGCCUGUCAAUGGGAGUUAUUUUCCAUAGAGGAAAGCGGAUGUUCCACAUCUCUGUUAGAGGCCAUGCUUUCCUCUUGUCAGCAAAAUAUUCUGUGCUUCACAAAGAUGAUGUCUGUAUGCAUGAGUGCAUUGGGCUGAUUGGACGGUCCUGGGCCAUGGUGUUCAUCAGUGGGGGGUACAAGGUGAAAAUCUAUGACAACCAACCUGGUCAGGCAACCAAAGCCAUCACAGAGAUCAGAAAGCAGCUGGAGGAGCUUCAGCAGGCCCAGAUGCUGAGGGGCAGCCUGGGUGUGUCUGAGCAGCUGGCCCUGCUCAGCAGCCACGAUGACCUCCAGCAGGCACUAGAGGGCGCCUUCUUUGUCCAGGAGUCAGUGUUUGAGGAGUUGGAGGCCAAGAAAAGUGUGUUCCAGGCGGUCGAGUCCCACGUUGGAGAGGAUGUGAUCCUCAGCAGCUCCACAUCUUGCCUGAUGCCCAGUAACGUGUUCUCAGGACUCCAGAACCGAUCCCGCUGCAUCAUAUCCCAUCCAGUGAACCCGCCCUACUACGUGCGUCUGGUGGAGCUGGUGCCUCACCCAGACACAGUGCCGGCUGUGAUGGAGGCGGCCCACGCCCUCAUGACCAGUGUGGGCCAGGCUCCCGUCCGGCUGCGGAAGGAGAUCGAAGGCUUCGCCCUGAACCGCGUGCAGUACGCCAUCAUCGCAGAGUCCUGGAGGCUGGUCAAGGAUGGAAUACUAUCCGUGGAGGACAUAGACCUGGUGAUGACCGAAGGCCUGGGCAUGCGUUAUGCCUUCAUCGGUCCAAUUGAAACCAUGCACCUCAACGCACCAAAAGGUCUAGAGGACUAUCUUGAGCGCUAUCGUGUGGGAAUGAGGAAGGUGCUGUCGACAUUUGGGCCUAUACCUGAGUUUUCUGGAGAGGAAGCUGCUCUGGUCAACAAGGAGAUCUGUGAACUCAUCCCUGCUGACCAGGAGCACCUCUCAGCCAGAAGAGAGAGGCGGGACAAGCUCUUGAUGGCCCUGGCCAAGCUGAAGAAGUGAGCUAACGCUGCUCCUCCGAUGACCCCAAGGUCAGGCAGGGGUGGGUGGUGGCGACUCAGAACAGAAUUCCAUCUGGAGCCCUCCUGGAUGACCUGGCUACGGACCAGAAUGCAUUGGUGCUCAGCCCACUCAGUGAUAUCAAUACUAAAUGUGACUAGCCUUCAGGGAAGCCAGCCAAAAGUUCUCUUUGGCAUAGAGAUCUAACCACGAAAUGAAAGCUGAUUCAAUUGCAAGUACAUGGGCAAGCACUGAAAUGAAUCAGAUAGUUUUAAUGCUGUAGUUCAUUAUGUUCUUAUUAUUAAUUCACUGUUAUAGUGACUUUCCAUGAAAAUGUAUUAUGAUUAUGAAAUAAACAAUCAUCAUGGCCUUA